GGGGAGACAGAACGGCUCUGAAAUCAGGUCUCGCGAUCAGAGUUCUUGUCUCGCCAGUCAGGAUCUGCUGACCAGAGCUGUCAGUUCGAUUAAAGAGUCGUCCCAGCUGCCCACCGACUGUCUGAGGCACUGAGGAAGUGCCGCGUCCCACGAAACUCACCGUUCCAGAGCUCCACGAGGGGCCUGCUUACGUCACCAGGUGGAAAGAGUCAGCGAUGAGGACUGUGUUCUGAAGAGAAUCCAGGCAUCUUGACGUCACUUAGCUCCAGGUUCCCAUGACUACAGCAGUGCUUAUGGAUGGCACCCAGGUCCCUAGUUACCUGGCUUCUCUUGGCCCAACUGCCUGUUGGUGUUGUAGGAGGACACAGUGAUAUCCAGGACAUCAUGAUUGGUGAGCUUCAGUGGUCCUGUGCCUGGUUUCUCUUCAGAGGGCUCUGUGAACUUUGAAGAUGUGGCCAUUUACUUCUCCCAGGAAGAGAGGGAUCUCCUUGAUGAGGCUCAGAAACUCCUGUACCUUGAUGUGAUGCUGGAGAACUUUGCACUUACGAUCUCACUGGGUUGUGAGUAUAAAAGAGAGUGUGAAGAAAAAUCUGUGCAGAACAUUUCUGUGGAAGGAGUGUUACACUUAACUGCAAAGGCAUGUCCAUCCACCCUGAAGACUCAUGCCUGUAACAUCUGUGUCCCAGUCUUGAAAGACAUUUUGCACCUGACUGAUCCACCUCUGCAUAACCUGUAUGUAACUGGGGUAUGUGCAAGCAGUUCCAAGAACCAGAAGCAUGACAGUGCAGAAAAAACCUUGAAGAGACACAUAGGUGGGACCUCAUUUGGGAAGAGCUAUGAAUUUUGUGUGUCAGGAAAGACCUUUAAUUGUUUGGAGCUUUGGAAAGAUUUCCCAGCUUUUUUUGACCUUCUGCAGCCCCAGUUCAUUUCUAAAGGUGAGAAGCCAAACAGCUCUGACUUGGCAGAGGCUUUUCACAGUAGAAAAUGUAAUGACAAGGUGUUUAAAUGCAGGGAAGAGUCCAGUCACAAAAAUACAGCUUUUCAUAACCUGUUAUUAUACAUUGGAAAAUCUCAUGAGCACAGCAAGAGUCAGGUAGUGUUCCACAAUGAGUGCUCACCUGUUCAGCUCCAUAGUGUAGAAAGGCCUUAUGGGUGUAGAGAAUGUGGCAAAUCCUUUAAGCGAUUAGAUGCCCUUACUGUACACCACAGAGUCCAUACUGGAGAAAGGCCCUAUGAGUGUGCAGAAUGUGGCAAGUUAUUUACUCGAAAAAGUUCCCUUACUCUACACCAGAGAGUCCAUACAGGAGAAAGGCCUUACCAGUGUGGAGAAUGUGGCAAGUCCUUUGCACGAGUAGGUGCCCUUACUGCUCACCACAGAGUUCACAGUGGAGAAAGGCCUUAUGAGUGUAGAAAAUGUGGGAAAUCAUUUAAGCUACGAGGUGCUCUUACUGCACACCAGAGAGUCCAUACUGGAGAAAAGCCUUAUCAGUGCAUGGAAUGUGGCAAAUCUUUUAAGCUGGAAGGUGCACUUAAACUGCACCAGAACAUUCAUACUGGAGAACGGCCUCAUAAGUGUGGCAAAUGUGGAAAAUCUUUUCUUCGACGUGACAGUCUUCUGAAUCACUGCACAAUUCAUUCUGGAGGAAAUUCUGUACAGUGCUGUGAAUAUGGGGAAACCCUGAGACAGAAUGCUAGUCUCAUUAGAUAUCAGGUAGUUCACCCUGGAGAAAGGCCUUAUGAGUGUAGAGAAUGCGGAAAGUCAUUUAAGCUACGAGGUGCCCUUAUAGUACACCAAAGAGUCCAUACUGGAGAAAGGCCUUAUGAGUGUAGAGACUGUGGAAAAUCUUUUAAGCAAGUAGGUGCCCUUAUAGGACACCAGAGAACUCACACAGGAGAAAGGCCCUAUAAGUGUAGAGAAUGUGGAAAAUCAUUUAAGCUAGGAGGUGAUCUUACUGUACACCGUAGAGUACAUACUGGAGAAAGGCCUUAUGAAUGCAGCAAAUGUGGGAAAUCAUUUACACAACUCUCUGGUCUCCUCCAUCACCAAAAGCAUCAUAGAACAGAAAUACCCCAUGAAGAGAACAAGGGUGGGAAAUCUUUCAACCUGAAGCAGCAGAAAGUCUCAGCUUAGGACUAGCCCUAGGUAUAAAAGGAAAUUGCUUUUUGUUCAGUAUAGUUGCUCUAGUGAGCCUUUUUGGGGGAUCCAUUUGUCUGAAGUUGAACUGCACAUUUCCAAAAAUGUCUAAUGGUGAGAUUCCGGACAAGCCUUGCAUAAACUACUCUGCACUUCAGGAACCUUGCCAGAGUGAAAUUGCCACACUUACAGGAGCCAUACCCCUCACUCAACCAGUUUGUACAGUAAGCAGAAACUACACUGACUACUAAUGCAAGGCACAUAGGUCUAUUUUCUUUGAGGGAAAUAUUGUGUCAUCUUAACCAUUAGGGCAACUUUCUUACGUUUCCUGGGUGGUCAUGCCAUGAUAAGAUCCCAUUAACACCGCAGUUCGACUGGAGGCUUGCAAGGAAAACUUAGCCUCUUCAAAGUUUCUGGUCUCACAUAACAUUUAUAAUUAAUGUUUGUAGCCUCCAUAUUACAAUCUAAUAACUACCUUCCUCACAUUACUCUAGUUUUUGCCAUAAUAAAUGCCUCAUUGU